GUGUGUCACCUACACGGGUCGUGCAGCCUGCGUUCAAGAUGGCGCUGAACUUGUGCCGAGAAAGACGGCGAUCGAGCGUCUGAACGGCGGCGAGGAGAGAGAGAGAGGCGCACGGGCACAUUCGUGUGUUCGCUAUAUCGUGGUGUCGAGAGCGUCGGACAAUGAACGUGAGUCGGACCGAUCUAUCAGUCGACCAAGUGACUCGGACCGGCCGUCGAUCGCGAGUACCCGCUUGAAUACGCGAGUACCCGGGAGCAGAAGGGAACAACAAGCGGGUCGUGGCACAAAAUGUGGCAGUGGAUCGUGGGACUAGCCUCGAAAAUAAGUAUCCGUUAGCGAGAGUGGUGCGCGGUUUUUUGUCGGUUAUGUCAGUGCGCGUCAAGUCAAAAUGGCAGCCACGUUAACCGUCGAGCAGGAACAGGCCACGAAAGAGUUUAUAGAGGCAGUGAACAAGUGCCGGGCAGGCAGGAGGGCCGGUCCAGUGUCCUGGAGCACGGCAGUGAAGUUCUUAACGGCUAGGAAGUUCGAGGUGGCCAGGGCCUUAGCUCUCUACGAGCAGCACGAAGCCACCAGGAGGAGAGAGGGUCUGGCUCUUCUGCAUCCCACUCAGGAACCGUUGCUCAGCGAAUUACGCACAGGAAAAUUUACAGUCCUGCCUUCCAGGGACGGCACAGGGGCGGCCAUAGCGAUCUUCACGGCGCAUCUGCACCUUCCCCAGAACACCACGCACCAGACAACCCUGCAAGGCGUUGUGUAUCAAUUGGACGCGGCACUCGAGAGCGCCGAGACCCAGAAGCAUGGGCUGGUCUUCAUCUACGACAUGUCCGACAGCAAGUACCAGAACUUCGACUACGACCUCUCGCAGAAGAUCCUCACCCUGUUGAAGGGCGGCUACCCGGCGAAGCUGAAGAAGGUGUUAAUCGUGACCGCGCCGCUCUGGUUCAAGGCGCCGUUCAAGAUCCUGCGGCUGUUCGUCCGCGAGAAACUGCGGGACAGAGUGUUCACCGUAUCGAUUCCCCAAUUGACGUUACACAUCCCACGGGAAUCAUUACCGCACCGGUUGGGGGGCACCUUGGAGGUACAGCAUGAGGCAUGGUUGCUCCACUGUCUUAAAUCCAUGACAAACAGAGGCGGGGGUGAACUUUGCGAGGUUACCCCCAGAGUGGGUAGUCCUCUUUCGCCCACAUCGAAAAACCACACGGCCGCCCAGAACCCGAAUGGCACCACGGUCAGUAGCUCGACUAGUCCUAUAAUCGAUAAGAGCAAGGUGAAAAAUGGUAUCUCGAAUAUCGGGGACAUCGAGAUCACGAAUGGUGACGUCUGGAUGGGAACCGAUGAGGCGCCGUCACCAGUGCAACCGCCGUCCUCAGCCAGUUCAGGGUUCAGCGAUGACGACAGCCUCCACGGGGACCUGGGGCUUCAGGCAGUCAGCAUGGAGCAGCUCAUCGAGGACAUCCAUUCGAGGGGGCGCGCCGGCUUGAUAGCGGAGUACGCGGAGAUCAAGCAGAGACUGCCGGAGGGCUCGUUCAACAACGCCAAACUGAGACCAAACCAAUCGAAGAACCGGUACACCGACGUGCUCUGCUACGACCACAGUAGGGUAUGCCUGUCCCAGAUAGACGGGGACGCCACCUCCGAUUACAUAAACGCGAACUUCGUCGACGGCUACAAGCAGAAGAAUGCGUUCAUCAGCACGCAGGGUCCCCUGCCGAAGACCUGCGGCGAUUUCUGGAGGAUGAUCUGGGAACAGCAGACGCUCGUCGUUGUUAUGACCACUAGAGUGGUGGAACGGGGACGUACGAAGUGCGCACAGUAUUGGGGCCCGGAGCCCGGCGACGAGGUACAAGCAGGUGGUUUCACGGUGACCACGCUGGAAGUCGACACCAAUCCCGAUUACACGAUAUCUAUGUUGCUCCUGACAAAUAACAAGACUGAUGAGGCAAGAGAGGUUUGCCAUAUGCUGUACACAGCGUGGCCGGAUUAUGGCGUUCCACAGUCGGCCAGGGCUCUGCUACAGUUUCUAGCCUUAGUAAGACAACAACAAAAUAAAUUACUCGCGUACAGAGGGGACACAUGGGCUGGACAUCCGCGGGGACCUCCCAUAGUCGUCCACUGCAGCGCCGGAAUAGGAAGGACAGGAACGUUUUGCACGUUAGACAUUUGCAUAUCGCGACUAGAGGACACCGGGACCGUGGACAUCCGUGGCACGGUGGAGAAAAUCCGAGCACAGAGGGCCUACAGUAUUCAAAUGCCAGACCAAUACGUCUUCUGCCAUCGUGCUCUGGCAGAGUACGCACUCUCCAGGGGGAUGCUUAGUCCGCAACAUCUCGCUAUGUUACCUCCACCCAUAGAAGAGGAUUCCGACUAGAGGAUAAACGCUCUAUUAUCAUGUACCAGAGAUUGAUGUUCUUCCCGAGUAUGCGUAAUAGUUCUCCUUUACAUAGCCUAUCUCUAGCUUAAAUAACUGAAAGUUAUUUUUUGCUAUCAUCUCCAUCGAUGUAAUAUUUCCGAUUUCUACUACUUACGUUAGGCUACGAAAUACCGAAUCUAUAGGGGGUAUCCCGACAGAGGAAACUAGACUUUUUUUCAAGGCCAAACCCGUGAACCAGGAAUCCUCGACGUUUCUGCGCGCGCGGGAAUAUUUUAAAGAAAAAAGAAGAUCCGUGUGAACGCGACGAGAGAAGGAUAGGGUUAUAGAAACGAUGAACGGGAUUAUUAUUCGGUGUCGAUUAAACGAACGGUGGUGCGCCGUGGACACCGAUGUUAGAGGAAUUAACGUUGGAACGGAGAUGGCCGUCGAUCGGAUACCGCCGAUUCUACCUUUAACCCUCUCAUAUGUAAAUUUUAUUGUACAUUCUGAGAAGUUGUUCGCGAAUUUUAUUAGAGACGCUCCGAGAAAUGCCUCACCUUGUAAACAUUCCAUUGAAGUAAACGAAAGAAGAGAAAACACAAGUACUAUGUCAAUUAAAUGAAAAUAUAUACAUAUUUAUAUAUAUACACGCACACAUAUAUAUAAAUAUAAUAUAUAGAACGGGCACCAGUUGUCCCUUGUUUCAUAGAUUCUCAACCGAUGCCUCCGAUUAAUCUCUCUGUUGACGCGUUGAUACGUUAACGAUUCGAACGAUUGCCGAAGAGGAUUGCGCAUCGAACCGCCCACCAGCGGGAACGGGUUUGAAAAUUAGCGUCGCUUCCGUUCUAGAACCGUGCAAAGCUUUGUUACGUGCCUGUGGCGGUGCGCACAGCGUACGCACACUAUUCAUUCUGGACACGGUCGAUCUGCAUUCUCGAUUAACGACGCUCAGCUGCAUUUUAUUUGUCGAGUCGACACGAACACUGUGACGACUCGACGAUUAUUCUCGUUGCAACGUCCCGUUCGCUGUUCGCUGUGAAAACCGCGGGGCCGCGUUCUUCUAACGAAAUAUCCCAUUCGUUAAUUUACGAAUCGAAAAAUCGACUGAAAUUUCGGUGAACUCGACGCCUCUUAAAAGCCUCUUCGAAGCGUCCAACAGUGGGAUAUUUUUUGGAAAAUACUCGACUCGCGGUUGAUAGCGAGGAAAACGCGACGCGCGCCCUAAGAUGGUUCCAAAAUGGCCGGCUCCGCGCUCCCGGGCCACGGCCGACCCCGAAUUUACGCCAAGUACAAAGCUCGUAACGAUAGAUUGUUAUAGAAUCUUUAUAUGAGAGGGUUAAAGACCGGCGAGCCUCAUUCGAGACGAUCGAUUUUGAGCCGAAGCUCGACCAUUUCUAAGACGAAAUUCGUAGGAGAUACACACCGCUGUUACGAGAGGUUUUGAGGUAUUUAAAACGUGAGAGAGAGAAAGAGAGAGAAUGUGAUGUUUUAUCGGUGUCCAAAAUGGGAUAGUCGCAUGUGUUUCUGAGAAUACCUUUAAUAUUAUCAUUAUUAUUAAUUAUUAUUACUAUAAACGUGUUACGACGUACGGCCUUCGUCGUGCGGAAAAUAAAUAAUAACCGACACGAUCGUGUUGAUAGACAGUUUUUUGGGUGACCAAAGAUUAUCUCCUAAAAACCAUCUCAGAACAAUUGUGGUAGAAGUAAAGCUCGAACGCGCGGAGGCUAAAUUUCGCUGACGAGGGAUGUUGCAACGGCGGCCAUCGAGCUCGCCUAAACUUUCACGUUGUCACACCGAAAGAAUGCAAGCCGGUCCUCACUGUGUAUUCUCAAAUCGUAUGCGAGAGAGCGAGAGAGCGAGAGAGGGAUGAAAGUUUAUAGAAAUCAGUGUGAGGGAUAUUUUCGCAGAUUUAUUUUUGCUGAAAGCUCGCCGAAUGUGGUCCGAUCGAGCUCGAUGGUCGGCCGGUGCUCCUCGCGAAAGAGACAAUUUCGCGGAACGAUUCCUUUCGCAGGGAUUGCCAAUCAGGGAUCAUUAUAGUUAUUAUUACAAGUACGCUCCGUUCGACGAAACGAGGAGAUCGGCGUUAAACGUUUGAACGGCUGAAUCGAUGAGGAAGAUUCAUCGACUAGUUUUACCUCGAGAAUCAAACGGAGAUGCGGCCGCCUCGGCGAGCAAGUUAAUAAAAUUAGGAUUCGCCUGCGAAACGGGAAGUAUUGUAGCGAGCUGUUUCAGUCGACAGAGAUUCUCCAAAUGUGUAACGGUAAUUUCACUCGUGACAACAAUCGAGUCUUUCUACUACGAGGGUAGUUCGAAGUUAACUUGUCUCUCGAGGUGCCGACUGUAGAAGUCGUUCAAAGUUCUUAGCGGAAUGACGUUUGCUGAUUCGAAAGUUUACGUUCUUCCAUGAAAGCCUUCUAAUGUACGCGAGGGAGAGAGAGAAAGAGAGCAAGAGAGAGAGAGAGAGAGAGAAAGAUUAAAAGGGGUGAGAUGUGAUUUCUAAUUUAAGGCUUUUACCGAGUGACCUCCGAUCAGAGAACCACUUGCGUUGACAAUGUAAGGGUUGCACGUGACCCGUGUGCCACCCUUAGCUUCCCGCAACUUAUUUUUCGCUGUGUACGUUCUCGGCGGCUUGACAGCACCUGUCGUUAGCUUUACGGAUGUCACUUAUCGAUCAGUAACCGCUGUUUUACAUGCGAACGGUGCACAGCAAUCGAAACGAAAAUCAGCUCUUCAACUUGAUUGAAAAUACAUUAUAGCAGUAAAAUAGCCUUCCGGUUUGCAAACGUACCGAUAUCUCGCAUCGAACUGCAAUCACCUCGUGCGCAAUUUACGGCUGAUCAAAGUCUCCCGAGAUCGGCGAGGUUCCAUAGAAUCGACGAAAAUUCUCACCGUCGUAAAUCGUUCUCCGCAGCUGUAAAUUCGCAUGAAAGAUCGCAGUUCGCAGAUCGUGGUAACGCAAACAGUUCCGCGAAAAGCAGUGCCCGCACAAAGUUCCGCCGUAGAGCAUUUUAUCGAGCGACUCUCGAGUACCGUAAACUAUCGAAUGAAUGAGUGUUGAAACUGUCCGAUUUCCAGCCACCCAAUGUCUGAUUAUCCGUUUGUUCAAUGUGUGUCGAAUAGUUGUGAAAGAGAGAGAGAGAGAGAGAGAGAGAGAGAAUGAGAGCGAGAGAAAUUUGCGACGCUGGAUCGUUGUUGGGACGACAAUAUGGCGUCGCGACAGUGUUCCCCGCGCCUGUGCGAUCGUAAACGACAACCGAGGCACGAUUAUGUGAUAGCCGAUUAGCAACUUUGAUUCCUUUCGUUUCACCGAUUUGUAAUUCGUCGUUAGGGCCCGCGCGUCUACUUAAUUGUCCCUCGAUUCUAUUCGAUUUGCCAUAAACGACGUUUGAGUCGACGCGAAUUGUUCUCCGCUGGGAACAAUGCAGCGUCGGGCAAAAAAAAAAAAGAAAACGUUUGUCUUCGAUCGAGAAUGAGAUGAAAGAGAUCUGUCAUCGAUCCCGGAACUAAGAAAUUCGUGCUAAUUAAGAACGAUCGUUUAAGUAGUCCACGAUGAAUCUCCAACGAAGUUUCUCGUCAAAAUUUUUCUUGGAAAUCUCCGGCGGCUCCAGCGCGCCGAGGAUAUACAUAUACGUAUUUAAGAAAAUUACAAAACACUUCGACGAAAGUUUCGAAAUCGGGAUGUGCGGGGUAAUUGUUGGUUGGGAGACGGCAAAUGUUUUGCGCGGCGUUGAAAGCUUAUUGCCCGGAAUCCAACGCGUGUAUUUUUCUGUACAGAGUCUGUGUAUAUUGAACGCGCAAGAAAUUUUUAGGCACCGCGUACGACGAACGUCGACGGUGAGCGCUGUUUGUUAGAGAGAUCUUCGAAUUUUAUAUAACGAGAGGCGCUGUUGUAAAACGCUUAGUCAAAGUUAAAUAAGUUCGAACAUUUGUCGACGUACGCACGUUCCUCCUACUCUUGGGUUACCUUACGAAGGGCAUGUUAUCGGUACAAUCACGUUUAUUAUUACUAUUUUAUUACUAUUAUUAUUAUUAUUAUUAAUUAUUAUUAAUUAUUAUUAUUAUUUUGUCUCUAACGUUUGUAAUUAGUUCACGAUGCCCUUUUAUAUUAUCUAUACAAUAUUUAUUAAAACAUUUAUCUGAAAGUA